GGCUUGUUGUGAGGCGUGGGGCCUACGGCUGAUUGUCGAGCCAGACCCUGGCUUCUGGGGCCUUGCUUUUCUUCCUUCACCAUCCGAGCGGCCGACAUGAGCGGCAGUGGCCGCGAUGACAUCGACCCGAUCUGGUGGCUGGAGAAUGAAGGCCGUUACCCGUCAACAUUGACGGAUAAAGUCAACGUUUACCGGCAUAACCUGCAAGACAGUCUGGUGACCAAUCAGAGGCUGGAUAAUUUUUUUAAAAAUCUAAUUGAGAGCAGACCAGUGGAGAUUGACCAGUGUGUUUUUAAUGAGACAGCCAUAAUGGAGCGGCAUGUUUUUGAUUCAAGUGAUGAUGAUAAUUACACCUACGAGGAUGAUGACUAUUCGAACGAUGACGAUGACCACAACGUUGAUACAUUUUAUGGAUUACGGAAAAAUUUUCUCCAUCAUGUUCCAGAAUUGUCCACACUCAAACAUUUAACUGAUCCAUACAAUAAAGAAAGCUCCAAUUCAUAUCGAGGUUCUGCUGAGGAGGCUGAGAGAAUUGCUCAAGAGUUGGUAAAUGAAGAGGAGCAGGCAAAAAAAAAGGCUGAGAAACGAAGACUUAAGAAAAAAAGACAGAAAGAGAGAAGGCGCCAACAGAAAUUAGAAAAAGAAAAUAGAAGUGAGAAUAAAAUUGGAGAGAAUGUCAACGAUAAGAAAGUUCUGUCAAAGAGAGAAAGUUGUAGCGAUGGAGAGGAGGAUAACAAAGAAGUGAGUGGAAAUAUUAAACGUGGUCUUGCUGUGUUACCUGAGAAAGGGGCUUCGGCGGGCAAAGAGCAAAGCUCCAACACAGCUGACAGUAAAAAUGAGACUAGUGUGAAAGUUACUGCUAGAGUGGGUGAGGAUCAGAACACCACCGAUAAAUCAGUAUAUAUAUCUGAGGAUGAGUUAGAUAUGAACAGUUCUUUUGUUUCAAAAGCUGUCACCCAGAUGAAACGUAAAAUGAAUAUAAAACCCAAAGCUGAGAGGAAAGAGACUGAAAAGAAAAAAGCUGAAAAGAAACUAGAGCAAUCUAUGGACCCCAAUGCUGUGAAAGACAAGAUUUAUAAGUUGGCAGUGCAAGGAAAUAGUAUGGCUAAUGAGGGACGCUAUGAAGAUGCAGUGGAAUAUUUUACAGAAGCAAUUAAAUAUGAUCCAAAAGAAUAUAGACUGUUUGGAAACCGUUCCUACUGCUAUGAGAGACUGAAGCAAUAUAGUCGAGCGCUGAGUGAUGCUCAAAUAGCAGUGAACCUGAAUCCAUCCUGGCCUAAAGGAUACUUCAGGAAAGCUAGAGCAUUAGCUGGAGUUAAGAAAUACAUGGAGGCCAUAGAGGCUUUCCAAGAGGUGCUAAAAAUUGAUAGUUCCUGUAAAGAUGCUGAAUAUGAGCUACUUCAAGUUCAAAUGCAGCUACUGAUGGACCGAGGUUUUACUCAGCAGCAAUGUGACGAGAUUCUAAAUAAAUAUGGCAGUUUAGAAGAAAUACUACUAUCAUCAGCUCCAAAACCACGCAACUGCCAAAUUAAUACAAGUACAUACGUAUUAGAUGAAGAUGAUAAGGAUUUUGUACGUGUGAAAAAAUCCAAAAAUAAACCUGCCUCAGUGUUAGUACAGUCACAACUGCAGUCACGGGAAUUAUUUCCGAUCUGGAUUGGGAACGUAACCACUCGAAUUACUGAAGAAGCAUUGCGUGCAAUAUUUGAAACUGUUGGAACUAUACACAGCAUCCGAAUGCUUCAAGAUCGCUUUUGUGCCUUCAUCAACUACACAACCAAACAGGCAGCAGAGCAGGCCAUUGCAAAGUUACAGGGCACUGAACUCGAAGGAACCAAGCUGCUGAUUCGUCAUCCUGACAAUAUUUACAAAAACCUCGGAGCGGCCAAGAUGGCCGCUCCAACCACCAAGCCUUCACUUGUGGAGAAGGUGAAAAUCCCACCCGCCAUUGAGUGCCAUUUCUGGAGGAAUGUCGGCUGUGUUUAUGGGGACAAGUGUCGUUUCCGGCACAUUCCAAAGCAUAAAGGCAUGGAUAGCAAGGUCACGCAGAAUUAAACAUCGACUGGUUCACGUUUGUGUUCUAGUACUUCAAAGAAAGAAGCCAAGUUGUGAAGAAGGAGGGCAUGAUGCCUUAUAGCCAGUGGGAGUACACUAAUGGAUCAGUGUACAGAACAGUGUGUGAUGUGCUUUCGCGGAUAUCACUGUGGCAGCAACAUGCAGUGCAGCGCAUUUUACAGUAAGGUUCAUGAGAGAAACAAAAACACCAAACUGGAGAGCUAACUGUGGAACUUUUUUCACCUGGAUGUCAGAGGCACUGGUGUUACAAGGAAGGGAUCCUCGUGUGAACAAGAGGAGUUUCCUGUGUACCUUGCACAUUCCCAAGGAGCACAGACCCAGGAGGUUAGGACUGCCGUUGGAGCCUCUGCAGUGUGUGAAUGUGAACCUGCCCACAAUAGAGGCAUUGCGAGUUUCUCCCUCCCCAUCUCCAGUGUGAAGUGCUGUGGCUUCAGCAUUCAGACCACCUUUCCACUGGUUAGAGAGGGAGUCAUUCAUAACCUGCUGCCCUCUGGCUGUGGAAGGGCUGACUGGGAUUCGGUGCUAACCUCUCUACGUCAGGUGGAAACAAGAUUCCGGGUUUGUUGUCUGGAGGCAGAGAGAUACCCUGACUUCAAUACAGAAUGCCGAAUGGCUGUGCAGUGUGUGUGUGUGCCUGGCUCCCACCUUGCAGCUGUAUCUCCCUUGCUCAUGGUUAAAAAGUCUAAAAUCAGCAGCAGACUGCUGAGGGUAAAAUGCUCGCACUCCUGAGAACAUCACCCUUGAGCACGCACACGCUGUUGGGGCCAUCUGUGAUGGGAAUUGAAUGAGCUGUGUAAUGUAAAUGCCUUCUCAAGCCUCGUGUCUACACACACUCGGUGCACUCAAGGUUUUAAUUGGAAACUUGCUCUUAGGGCUGCUUGAUGUGGCUUGCUCCUGGAGAUGGGUUCCACACUGUCAAUUCCCAUCUCACUCAGCGUUGCCUCAGUUCCUGCCAUCAUGUCUCCACGUCUGCAGCUCUUGCUGAUUUGAUUCCACAAACCAUGUUUCGGAAUAUGUUUAAGGGGAGAGAGGGGGGUAUUCUGACACUUCUAUCUGCCCCUUGUGCCAUAUUGGAGGCAGUGUACUCUGAUAAAAUGAUGCACCCUGUUAUAAAUGAUCUGAUUUUACCUUUUAUAAAUUGCACAAUGCCUAUAUAUAAAAAAAAAUCAAGUUUCUAUAACCAGAUAAAAACUGCCUUGAGAAAAGUGAGCAGUGCCAGAGACUGCAGAUACAUCCUUAUAAAAUCCCAGUCAGAUUCUUGUA